AUGGCUUCCACUGUUCUCCUCUCCUUUUUCUUCCUCUUUCAAGCUCUCCUCAUUCUCUCACCAUCACAAGCAGCCCCAAAUUCCAAGCUCUUCCGUGAAUACAUCGGUUCCAAAUUCAACAACAUCAAGUUCUCCGACGUCCCUAUAAAUCCUUCUGUCGAUUUCCACUUCAUUCUCUCCUUCGCGAUCGACUACACCACGGAUUCUCCCUCCCCCACCAACGGAAAAUUCAACAUCUUCUGGGACUCUGAUAACCUAAGCCCCUCCCAAGUCCAUUCGAUCAAGGCCGACCAUGGGAACGUGAAGGUGGGCCUUAGCCUAGGAGGCGAUUGUGUGGGGUCCCGCAAAGCAUUCUUCACCCCAUCUUCAGUAGACUCUUGGGUUGGCAAUGCAGUUUCAUCGCUCACCAAAAUCAUCAAACAGUAUGGCUUGGAUGGUAUUGACAUCGAUUACGAACACUUCAAGGCCGACCCCGACACAUUUGCUGCGUGCAUCGGACAGCUUGUGACGACUCUCAAGGGAAAUGGGGUCAUCAAAUUCGCAUCGAUAGCACCUUUUGAUGACAACGAAGUUCAAAGCCAUUACUUGGCUUUGUGGAGGAAAUUUGGUAAUGUUAUAGACUACAUUAAUUUCCAAUUCUACGCGUAUGAUCAGGGGACCACUGUAUACCAAUUUUUGGACUACUUCAAUACCCAAAGCUCUAAUUAUGGGGGAGGUAAGGUUUUAGUGAGUUUUAGUACCGAGGGGAAUGAGGGAUUGUCCCCAGAAGCCGGUUUCUUCACUGCAUGUGGUAUGCUAAGGAGUCAGAGCAAGCUUCAUGGGAUUUUUGUGUGGUCCGCCGACGAUUCGAUGGGGAAUGGCUUCGCUUAUGAGCGGCGAUCGCAGGCCUUGUUGUUGGGUGGCCAUUGA